AUGGAAAAGCUAGCGGUCGAGAAGAAGUACUUCGAGAAGGUGCUUGACGACAUCGUGAGCCUCAACUCCCUCUUCACCGUUGCCGUCUUCAUCGGCCUCUCUUAUGCCCAGCCGGGCCAAGUUCAGAGCCUCGCCGAUGACCCCAGUUGCCACCCGGACACCACUAUGCGCAGGCGGCUCGUAUACUUUGAGAUCGCCUCCUUCAGCUGCUUCAUCUUUGCUGGCUUCCUCGGCAAGGCUGUCAAAAUCUUCCUCUACACCUCCGAGAAGCAGGAAGGGAAGGGGAAGCCCCUCCGCAAGUGGAAGAGCCUCCUCGGGUUCUAUUCUUCGAUCUACGGGACCAUGCUCGGGUGCCUGCUGCUGCUCCUGGCCAUGAUCGAAGUCAUCCAGAUCAAGCUUGGCCGGCUCUCAUGCCACGGCAAGUAUACAGUCACCACUGUCGCCAUCAUGGUCGGCAUCAUCGGCCUUAGCCUGCUGAUCUUCUUCUUUGCAGUGACCAACGGCCUGAGGAUUGCCUACGCGGAACUUAAAAAGAAUAAAGAAAAAAAAAUAGGGCACCGUCCCGCAUGUGCCUGA